AUGACAGGAAUGAGGGAGAUAGGGAACGCAGCUGAGAAAUUGUUUGAUCAAAAUUAUAUUCGGGGACUUCUUCAUCUGUGUCCAGGAAUGGAAGCUGUUCGCACUGGAGUAGAAGGAGCAAUAACAAGAGAGGACAUACUAGUUGGCACAUACCGUAUUCAUGGCUGGGCCUACGCUAGAGGAAGUUCAUUCGAGAAAAUUCUUGGAGAAUUUUUAGGAAAGUCAUCUGGCUGCUGUAAGGGAAAAGCUGGUUCUCAACAUCUGUACACUGAGAAUAUGCUUGGUGGAAACGCAAUAGUUGGAUCUUCGGUACCUCUGGGAACUGGUGUUGGUUUUGCGAUGAAAUAUGAAAAGAAGCCCAAUGUGUCUAUUUCUAUCUAUGGAGAUGGUGGAGCUAAUCAAGGUCAGAUAUUUGAAGCCUUUAACAUGGCAAAACUUUGGAACCUGCCUUGCAUUUACCACUGUGACAAUAAUUAUUACGGUUAUUCAACAAAAGCAGAGAGAUCCACAGCCAUGACGGAGUUAUACAAAAGAGGAGAUUUCAUCCCAGGACUUAGGACCCACUUAGAGUGUGACAUUAUACCUAAAGGCUUCUAG